ACAUGCACCCCGCCAUGUUUUUGUGAAGGAACUGAAGAGAAGAAGGUUUAGAACAGAACGCAAGUAUUUUGGCCCCUGAAAAUGUAUGAUCGAGCCCCAAGAACACUAACUAGACCUGCGGACAGUACAGGACACAAUGUUGGACCUGGAUCAUACGAAGCUCCGGAGUAUAUCCAUUCAAAAUACGAUGGCUAUGCACCAUUUUUAUCCAUGACAACACGUGAGACGUUCCUUGAUGUUGGUGAUAGUGUCAUGGCAGCUCCAGGACCUGGUCAAUACGAUCCUGGUAUAAUGGGAGAGAGAGUAAAAGGAGGACACACAUUGGCCAAUAGAGCUGCUAGAUUUGAUGGUAAAGAAAUUCACACCCCAGGACCAGGGGCUUACAACUUGCAAAAACGUAGUGAUUGGUUGAAAGAGAAGCAUGCCCAGAAAGCACUUCCACCUGAUUUACAAGUCGAGGAAGAAAUGAAAGAUGGAUCAAUAUACAAGACAAGUCGUAUCACAUUUCAGAGGAAGGCUGAUCCUCCUUCCAUUCCUUCACCUGGUAAAGCAUACGGAUAUGAAGAAGGACCAGAUGGGACUCUCAGGCCACAGGAUAUACCAAAUCGAGACAGCACCAUGGGACCUGCAUAUUACAGUGUUAAUCAUAGGGAUACCGCUACUGUUCAAAGGUAUAAAGGAGUUCACUUCGGGAACAGAACAUCAAAGAGAAUGCAGUUUAAAGGGAGUGGUGGACCAGGUCCUGGACAGUAUGAUCCAUUCAAGGAGCCUGGAGUCAGAGUACCAAUUGAUUUGGUAAUUGAAGAAAACAGGAAACAACCCUUUGAAUCAAAGCUCCCCCGUUAUCAUGAGGCUAUAGUGGUACAUGAAGAGAAAAAGGCUGUGCCGGGGCCAGGAAAGUAUGAGAUUAAAAGCCAGUUUUCAACCAAACCUCCACCUGUCAAUCAAGAGGAGCCGAUCAUUCACCCUCCAUUUGGUACUCAGUCCAGGAGAUUUGGUGACAGCAAGAAGGAUUCACCUGCCCCAGGCACAUACAAUGAUCCUCGAAACUCCUUAGAAAUUCUUAAAAGGACUACAGGGCUGAAAAGAAGUCCUUUUGGUCAGACAUCUGUGCGAUUUCAGGGAGAACAUCAUGUGAAAAGAACUCCUGGACCAGGAACUUAUUCUAUUCCAGAUAUGACCUCAGAUUUGAUCAGAAAGGCUCAUGUUGAGAGCACCCGGAAAGGUGCAUUUGGUUCAACAUCACAAAGAAUAGCACCAAUGAUGAGGAGGCAGGAGGAACAAAUGCCAGGUCCAGCCCACUACUUGACAAAAGAAAAACCAAAAAGUAAAGAAGACCAACCAUCAUCAACGUUUGUGUCAGCUACUGGCAGACUUCACACCCCGCAGGGGGUAGUGCUAGAUAACCCUCCACCUGGCUCUUAUGAAGUCAGUCAUUCUUACGACUCCACACAAGGUCGGGUUCUAUAUGGCUACGCUCAGCGGACAAACAAGAACGCCAAGAAAAAGGGCGCCUUUUUAUCCUCCAGUAACAGAUUCCACGGACACCGUCAUGUGGUGUCAGAGGAGGGUGACCCAGGACCAGGACAAUAUGAACUAAAGGACGGAUCAACACGAGGGGGCCUGAUGACGACCAGACAACAAAGAUUUAAACAGAUCAAGAACGAAAACCCAGGACCAGGAAGUUAUGAGCUGAGUCCGUUACAGAUGCACACUUCACUAAGAGGAACAUUCAACGCCACCUUGAAUAACCCAGCAGCCAUGUCUUACGAUGAUGGUUCGGAGCGAAGAUCACCAUCAAAGCAAGCGUUCUUACUCGGAGUGUGACGUGAAUACUGUAGCAGUCGCUCUGCUUAAUUAGCAAGUUUUAUAUCGAAUGAAAUCAUUGUGUAUAGGAAUAUAGCCUUAGUAGGGAAAAUUUCGAUUUUUUUUUUCUGAGAUUAGGGACAUGCUUAAUAUGUAUAUACGUACAGCUUGGAGUUUUGCGCUUUGGUGUAAAUAUUUUCAAGGUUUAAUGACCAUAAGGGAUCAGUAGGGGCGGGAACACAUAAUAUUUAUCAAAAAAAAAAAAAAUUGAUGCAAAAUCAACAGUACAGUUGCUUCUUUUAAAAUAAAGACGACAGCAAAGAUCAACGAAAAUUUUCCCCGCA